ACUAAUCACUUACAUAGAUUAAAAGUAUAAUAACAGUUCGACCCCGCCAGUCAAAUAAUCAUUGAUUAGAAGCACGAAUGUCAAAUCAAUAACUAGUUGCUAGUAGUGCAUGGAAGACCUAACAACCUAAACCCGAAAACAAAGAGCAUUCAGAAGAAUCUCAUAUUUUUAACGGCUGUCAUAGAAUUUUUACAAUUUAGCAGUUCUUUUUUCCUGCUCUUCUGAAACAGUUACCCAUAUAAAGAUGACAACUACCUCUCACGCCAUUAAUAAAGGCAGUUACUAUUCUGGGCAGAUACUAAAUUCUGUUGAAAGUUAUCAUCCCACUCUGGAUAAAUGGACAUCAGUCCCGGAAAUGUGUUUGAGUCGCUGCGAUUUGGGUGUUGGAGUUUUAAAUGGUGUACUGUAUGCUGUAGGCGGCCAUGAUGGAUUGCAAGUUCUCAGGAGUGUUGAAGCAUACCAACCAAAUACAGGAGUUUGGUCUACAAUUCCGGAUAUGCAUUUGUGUCGACAAUAUCCAGGAGUAGCUGUAUUAGAUGGGUUGUUGUACGCCGUCGGUGGUGAUGACGGAACUUCCACUUUGGAUUCUGUAGAAUUUUACAACCCCAACAAUAAUACCUGGACCAUGGUCACAGCGCCAAUGAAUGUUGCACGAACUUGUUUAGGAGUAGUAUCUAUUGAUAGGCCACUACAUUUCAAAACUUAGCAGUUUAAAAUUCAUUAUUAUAUUUGAUAAAUAUAAAUUAUAAUAUACAUUAAAACCCCGUUAAGACGCUCCCAUUUAACACUCCAUACCACCUAAUACGUGGAAUCAUUCAGAUCAUUAUUAUUAUUAUUAAAAAAACAUUGUUAACAAGCUCCCGCUUAAUACGUAAUAUUACAGAAUUCGCUCUCUUUCCCGACCACUUAUAUCAUAUAACCGAAAUUCCACUUACUACAUUGAUAAAAAUGUCGUUGAAUUGUUUAUCUUAUCUUCAAAAACCUUUAUGUACUUGACCCGGUAAUAUUAAGUGUUCUGGCACAGCACAUCCGUAAACCUAUUAGGUACCUAAUUAAUUUUUCAUAAAGUUAUUAGACGGCAUUUUAUUACAUAAGUAUAAUUUCGAAGCUUGGUUUACGUUUGUAUUGUAUAACUAUAGUCCUUUUUAAAAUGCUUUAAACGUGUAUCAGGUUGGAUCCCGCAUAACUCCACGCUUCAAGAGCGUAUUAAGCGGGAUACUACAUAACACCAUCCCGCAUAAUACGCGGUUUUACGAUUUCCCCUACGACAGCGGUUUUUUUGUAUACUAAUAUUAUUACAGUCUUAAAUUGUAUGAUCUUUUUUUUUUUUGUUUUUUUUUUUUUUUCAUUGUACAGUUUUUGUUGUUUUAUUAAAAUGUUUUCAAAUAAUUAUACUUAUUACCUAUUCGUUAAUAUCACGAUACUUUGCAAAUGCAUUUGUAGUUAAAUAAAUAUAAAACUUGUA